AUGGACAAAGAGCAGUAAGAAAUAAGCAGACUUUUAGAAGACGAAAGGCUUGAAUGGUGAAAAGCUUCAGCUAGGGAUAAAUAUGAUCUUUUGGCGUUAUUUUUGAUCGGUUUCCACUAGCCAAAAAUGGGUUUCCACGUGGAAUUUCUGGAUUUUCACGUGUGAAACCCAUCUUUGGCUAGUGGGAGCCGAUCAGAAAUUUACGCGACUGAUAAUAUGAUAUUAAUGAAAAGCUUUUGAGAGUGGGAUGCAGGCCAUUAAAGAGAAAACUUAUUCUCUGCAAAAAGGAGCAAAGAGAAAAAGAUCAUGCUUUCAGCUGCAUGGAUAUGGAAGAGGAGCUUACUCCUCACCUUUAAAUUGAUACAAAAAAUCUGUUUUAAUGCAAAGAGUAGUUAAUACUUAUUUUUUAAAGAAUUUUAAAUUUAUGAAAUUUAUCAAUCUAGCUUUGUUUAAAUGGUAUGCUUUUUGCAAUCCUCAUUUAAAAUAAAAGAAUUUUUUAUUUUUGUGACAUUAAAUUAGAUAUCAUAACUAUUUAAAUAUAAAUAAUUGUAUUUUCUUAUAAAAAAAUUCAAUUUUAAGAUUUUUGUCUUGGGGAAUUAAAACUUGUAUAAGGCUGCUUCAGUAUGUGCAAUCAACAUAUGUGCAAAAAUCCUAA